UAAUUCGAUGUAAACAAACACAGUACGCGUGAUUUUUAAAUUUCAGUGGAAAAUUAUCGAAUAGUUCUGAAUGAAAACGGCUUGAAAUUCACUAUUUUAAAACCCAGCAACGUUAUGGAGGAACCAUCUUUCAAAUUGGAACUGGAAGCACCAACUAUACAAUCGGACUAUUCCGUUAUUGCCGAAGACACCUCUGAGUGUUCAGGAAGAGAUGACCAGAACCCCAAUAUGCACGAAAACUACUACGCAAAUCCCAAUCAACGUUCUUCGCCAGCGGUCAAAAAUCAUGGUAAAGAUUGUUAUUCCAUCGUAGAAAUCAGCGAGGAAGGACGCUCACUUCUUUCGGUUCUGCCCUCUCGAUGGGUUAUCCGUGGGGGCUGGCGUCUAGGUGAUAAAUCUACCAACGAUCUGUGUUACUGGCCCAAAGGUGCUUUCGGGCUUAGGUUGCUAGAGGAUGCAAAGCUCGAUCCGACUGUCGGAGUCGAUCUCAACUGCUUGCAACCCAAGCAGUGUACCAUAAAGACAACCGGAAUGAGUACCUUCGAAGAAGCUGUUCAAGAACGGAUAUCAUUAGAAGCGAACUCACAGGAAGUUUCAUCUCAUCAAGCUUCUUUAAAACCUAUUCAGCAACAAUUGGAUCGAAUGCAGCGGGAAAUCAAUGUUGUGAAAAGGCAAAUGUCGACCUGCAUCAGUCUACUUACAACACUCAGUGAAAAAAUGGAUCGCCUCGCUCAAUCGAAUGAUCCUUCAGCGCGCGUCGUCCUGCCUAUGCCAGAUCCUGAAGAAGAAAUCCCCUUCAAACCGAUCACCAACGAGCAAGAGAUGGAGGCACUGGAGUUGAAAGCGGCAGACGAAUCUUUCGUACAAACGGUCAUUCGCACUAUGGGUAAAGACUAUCGUCCUAGUGAUUACCUUACUCGAGGGCGAACUGUUUGUCUGCGACUGUUGGAUCGUUUCUUCGAUCGAAAGUUCCUUUGCCUAUGUUCCUGGACCGGAUCCGGUCGAAAAUCGCAAACUGACCGGGAGCUAGACAAUGAUAAGGAAACUAUUCGAAAAAUCCCCUUCAACCGCUAUCAAAAGAUCCAUCGAAUGUUUUACCGAGUAGUGUUCUACGCGGAUCCGACCUUCAGCUACGAUCUUUGCUUGAAGGCGUUGCAUUUUAGUUUACGCAAUUCCUCCAAACGAGCAACGGAGAAUAAGAACCUGAGACUACCGGUUGAGAAAAAUCGUAGGAAAAAGUUCAUCAAACGACCUAGGCUGAUAGAAGUGGAUAUCGAUGAAUCCAACAGUCAGAUAGAAACGAAUGGAGGAUUCGACCCACACGAAGAGAUCUACUAGGAACAGUUCCAUAGAAUAUGAUGGUGUCGAAAAUAAAUUUGAUCCAAGGUUUUAACGAAUAUUCAAUCUGCGCCCAAGUUUUUAACACAAAAUGAAACAACUCAAGAACUCUACGUAUUAAAAUGGCACUAAAUACUAUAUUUUAAAUUUUAAUAUUAACUUUACUAAGAAGUCUAUAAAUAAUUUAGAAUAGUGGUAAAAUGUUUGACAUCAGGGAUGAUA